AACAGUGACUUGUGAGUUUUCGUGCCGCAGAUUCAAGUUAUUUUAAUUUUAGAGUUGGAGUGUUUAUUUACGGUCUGACAUACAACAUAAAUCAGCCAUUCAUUUUUUAAAUACAACUUAAGAAAUAUCUUGGCAUAUAUUAAAUAUUUUAAAUAGAAAAUAAUGUUCAACAUUGCGCUACUAUAUGUUUUGCAAUUUUUCAUGUCUGUCGUCUGUUUUCCAGCAAACUGGGGAGAUGUUUGCAAUAGUACCGAAGAUUGUUCGGAUCACAGAUAUGUAUGUUUGCAGGAUAAGUACGACAUUUGGAGAUGUGCCUGUGAUAAGUUUCACGUAUGGUAUAAUGAGACAACGGGAUGUGUGCAAGUAUUUAAUUCUUCAUAUAUCAUCAACAAUACUGUAACCGAAGAGGUAGACAAUUUAGGUAAUCUAGAAAAAAAGGAAAACUUUAUAUUCUACUCUCAAGCAAUUGCGGGAUUGUUUAUCCUUGGUGUUGUUGCGUUCGCAACAAUUACUGUGAUAUUUUAUUGUAUUUAUGUUCAUCAAUCUAAAUUAUUAUUUAGGGAUAAGGCAUUAGCAAAAGCAGUUCGAAAUAAGAUUGACAAAAAACCGUAAUGUACCAAACAGGAUGCUGUGCGUGUGAUAAACAAAUUGCCUACCCGUCCUAGAUUAACAAAAACAUGUACAAACCAGUUCAAUAGAAGACUCCCAUUAUACCUCUCAUAAAUAAAAAUUUAAUGAAG